CGGCGUAGACUCUUUUCUCUGUACGCGGAGAGCCGCUCGGCCGCGCGCACGCCGGGUAUCUAGGCCGAGCCGGGAACGCCGAGAGCAUGGCCGGCGCGGGCGCGAAGCGGCGCGCGGUGGCGGCCCCGGCGGCGGCGGAGGAGGAGAGGCAGGCGCGGGAGAAGAUGCUGGAGGCGAAGCGCCUGGACGCGGACUCUGGGGGCGAAGGCGUGACCCUGCAGCGCAACAUCACACUGCUCAACGGUGUGGCCAUCAUCGUGGGCACCAUCAUCGGCUCGGGCAUCUUCGUUACGCCCACCGGCGUGCUCAAGGAGGCGGGCUCGCCCGGGUUGGCGCUCGUGGUGUGGGCUGUGUGCGGUGUCUUCUCCAUCGUGGGCGCACUCUGCUACGCCGAGCUGGGCACCACCAUCUCCAAGUCGGGCGGCGACUACGCCUACAUGCUGGAGGUCUACGGCUCGCUGCCCGCCUUCCUCAAGCUCUGGAUCGAGCUGCUCAUCAUUCGGCCCUCCUCGCAGUACAUCGUGGCGCUGGUCUUCGCCACGUACCUGCUCAAGCCUGUCUUCCCCACCUGUCCAGUGCCUGAUGAGGCAGCCAAGCUCGUGGCCUGCCUCUGCGUGCUGCUGCUCACAGCUGUGAACUGCUACAGCGUGAAGGCUGCUACCCGAGUACAGGACGCCUUUGCUGCUGCCAAGCUGCUGGCCCUGGCCCUCAUCAUCCUGCUAGGCUUCAUCCAGAUGGGAAAGGGUGAUAUUUCCAACCUACACCCUAAGUUAUCCUUUGAAGGUACCAAUUUGGAUGUGGGGAACAUCGUAUUGGCAUUGUACAGUGGCCUGUUUGCCUAUGGAGGAUGGAACUAUCUGAAUUUUGUCACAGAGGAGAUGAUCAACCCCUACAGAAACCUGCCCCUGGCCAUCAUCAUUUCCCUCCCCAUUGUCACACUGGUAUAUGUGCUGACGAACCUGGCCUACUUCACUACCCUAUCUACCAACCAGAUGCUGAUGUCUGAAGCUGUGGCUGUGGAUUUUGGGAACUAUCACCUAGGAGUCAUGUCCUGGAUCAUUCCUGUCUUCGUGGGCUUGUCCUGCUUUGGCUCUGUCAAUGGGUCUUUGUUCACAUCCUCACGGUUGUUCUUCGUGGGGUCCAGGGAGGGCCACCUGCCUUCUGUCCUCUCCAUGAUCCACCCUCAGCACCUGACACCCGUGCCAUCGCUGGUGUUCACGUGUGUCAUGACCCUGAUGUACGCCUUCUCCAAUGACAUCUUCUCCAUCAUCAACUUCUUCAGCUUCUUCAACUGGCUGUGUGUGGCCCUGGCUAUCAUCGGCAUGAUGUGGCUCCGCUUCAAGAAGCCUGAGCUGGAGCGUCCCAUCAAGGUGAACCUGGCCCUCCCGGUGUUCUUCAUCCUGGCCUGCCUCUUCCUCAUUGCCGUGUCCUUCUGGAAGACACCCAAGGAGUGUGGCAUUGGCUUUGCCAUCAUCCUCAGUGGGCUGCCGGUCUACUUCUUCGGCGUCUGGUGGCAGAACAAGCCCAAGUGGCUCCUGCAGACCAUCUUCUCUGUGACGGUGCUCUGCCAGAAGCUCAUGCAGGUGGUUCCUCAGGAGACUUAGCUUCGAGGCCUGGUGACAGGGAGAGUGUGCACUGUGACUGCUUCCAGACAGCUCACCUCGGAAAAGCAGCAUCCAGGCCUGCCAUUCUCCACAGCUCCAGUGAGCACCACCAACUGUUCUGCGUCAUCCACUGUCCCUCCACUUGUCAGGUGUUCACAGUGGCUGUGGAAGAAUACUCUGGUACGAAUUUGGUCCCAGAAGGCGACCAUCCACACAUGGCACUCGGUGUUAGCGCAUGCUGAGGCCUGUUCUUUCUGACUUUCUGGGGACUGCCACAUCUGGCCUUUCCCCCACCUCUCUGGAUUUUGUUUUGUUGUUGUAGCUUGCAUUUGAGUCAAGUUUACACUACCGAGAUGAUUAUUUUUUAACAAGACAGGGUAGCAAGGCGCAGGAGACACGUAGCCAGAGCAGUCCAGCUGUGAAUGUGAAAGCUGCUGGCCACAGCUCUUCUCAAGGCUGUCUUCUCAAGGCUGUCGUUCAGUAGCACAGUGUGACUCAAGGGGACCGCAUCACUGUUACCAGGUCGAAAGAACUACUGAGGCUCGGAUGUCACCUGUUCUACGGUGGACUUGGACUGACAGAUGGAUGAUGACACAUUCUAGCUUGGGCUGUUUUGUUUUUCUGGGGUCCUAGAGAUGGAACCCCAGCCUCCUUCAUGUGAGGCGAGUGCUCUCCUGCUGCGUUACUUUUUUAACAUUAUAAA